CCUGCGAUCAUGUUCAUUCUCAGGGUGGACACUGGAUGUUUUUACAGCUUAUCAACAGGUGUUUAAUUCAGAAGUCAGUUGCGCCUGCAAUGGGAUGGAUGAAGAGGAAGAGAAUCACUAUGUCUCACAGCUCAGGGAAGUCUACAGCAGCUGUGACACCACAGGGACUGGAUUUUUGGACCGUGAGGAACUGACCCAGCUCUGCCUUAAGCUUCACCUGGAGAAGCAGCUGCCCGCCCUCCUGCAAACUCUUCUUGGAAAUGACCACUUCGCCAGGGUUAACUUUGAGGAAUUUAAGGAAGGUUUUGUGGCUGUGUUGUCAUCAAAUGCUGCUGUUGGCCCCUCAGAGGAAGAAAGUAGUACUGUGGAAAGAGCUGCCUCCCGUGCUGUCCCGCCAAAAUAUAUGAGGGGCUCUAAGUGGUAUGGCCGUCGGAGCCAGCCUGAGCUGUGUGAUGCUGCCACCAAAGUCAGAUAUGUACCAGAACAGCAAACCAAGGCCAACCUGAAAAGCCAGCUCCGGCGUUCUGCGUCUCUGGAAAGUGUAGAGAGUCUCAAGUCAGAUGAAGAAACUGAGAGUGCUAAAGAACCUCAGAAUGAAUUAUUCGAAGCACAAGGCCAGCGGCAGACCUGGGGUUCUGAGGUCUUCGGGAGUCCCCAGAAGUCCUGCAGCCCCUCCUUUGACACCCCUGAGAGCCAGGUCCAGGGCAUCUGGGAAGAGCUGGGUGUUGGCAGCAGUGGGCACCUGAACGAGCAGGAGCUGGCUGUGGUCUGCCAGAGCGUCGGACUCCGAGGAUUGGAGAAAGAGGAACUGGAGGACCUGUUUAACAAACUGGAUCGAGACGGAGACGGCAGAGUGAGUCUUGAGGAAUUCCAGCUUGGCCUGUUGAGUCAUGAGCCUACCUCACUUCCAGAAUCUUCCACUCAGGUCAACCUGAGCAGGCCCUGGUCUCAUUACCAGGUCCCAGAGGAGAGUGGCUGCCACACCACCACAACCUCGUCCCUCGUGUCCCUGUGCUCGGGCCUGUGCCUCUUCUCCAGCAUUGAUGAUGGCACUGGCUUUGCCUUUCCUGAGCAGAUCAUGGCCGUGUGGGCCCAGGAGGGGAUUCAGAAUGGCGGGGAGAUCUUGCAGAGCCUGGACUUCAGUGUGGAUGAGAAGGUGAACCUUAUGGAGCUGACAUGGGCCCUUGACAACGAGCUCAUGACAGUGGAUGGUGCCGCUCAGCAGGCAGCCCUUGCCUGCUACCGCCAGGAGCUGAGCUACCACCAAGGGCAGGUGGAGCAGCUGGCGAGAGAGCGGGACAAGGCGAGGCAGGACCUGGAGAAGGUUGAGAAGAGGAACCUGGAAUUUGUGAAAGAGAUGGAUGACUGCCACUCUGCCCUGGAGCAGCUCACAGAGAAGAAAAUCAAGCACCUGGAACAGGGAUACAGGGGAAGGCUGAACCUCCUGCGGUCCGAGGUGGAGACAGAGCGGGAGCUGUUCUGGGAACAGGCCCUUAGGCAGAGGGCUGCGCUGGAGCGGGAUGUGGGGCGCCUGCAGGCCGAGGAGGCCAGCCUCCGAGAGAAGCUGACCCUGGCCCUGAAGGAAAACGGUCGCUUACAGAAGGAGAUUGUGGAAGUGGUGGAAAAGCUCUCGGAUUCAGAGAAGCUGGUCCUGAAACUGCAGGACGACCUGGAGUUGGUGUUGAAGGACAAGCUGGAGCCUCAGAGCACGGAGCUCCUGGCCCAGGAGGAGCGGUUCACAGCGGUCCUGGAGGAAUAUGAGGUCAAGUGCCGGGACCUGCAGGACCGCAAUGAUGAGCUGCAGGCUGAGCUGGAAGGCCUGCAGGCGCGGCUGCCCCCCAGUCGACAGAGCUCCUCCAGGGGCCUAGGACAGCGGCUCUCUGGACAGGGCUCAGCAGGCAUCUUGCUCACGGGCAGUUCUGCUCCAGUGAGUAUAGAAACAGAGAUAAUGAUGGAGCAGCUGAAGGAACAUCACCAAGACCUCAGGAUCCAGCUGGAGACCAAGGUAAACUACUACGAGAGGGAAAUCGAGGCACUGAAAAGGGACUUUGAGAAGGAGAGAAAGGAGAUGGAGCUGGCUCACAAGCGCGAGGUGGGCGUGCUGGAGGAGCAGAAAGCAGACCUGGAGAUGCUCCACGCCAAGUCCCAGGAGGUCAUCCAGGGCCUGCGGGAGCAGCUGCGGGACUUGGCCCACGGCCCCCAGCCCGAGCAGCUGGGCCUGGCGCUGGCGCCGUGCUGCACCCAGGCGCUCUCCAGCCUGGCCCUGCGGCUGGAGGAGGAGCUGCACCUGCGGCAUCGGAGCCAGCUGCAGCAGAUCAGGAGAGAGGCCGAGGGUGAGCUGAGCCGGAAGCUGUCGUGGAUGGAAGCCCAGCAUGCCGCGCGCUGUGAGGACCUGUCCCUGCAGCAUCAGCGCGAGAAGGAUGAGCUGCUGCAGAAGCACCUGCUGGAGGUGAGCGAGAUGGCGGAGCAGCUCAACCAGGAGAAGCAGCGGCAGGCAAAGAGGGAGGAGGAGAUCCUCACGCGCUGUCGAAAGCAGCAGCUGAAGCUGCAGGAGUUGAUGAGUGAAGAGCAGGCGCAGAUUUGCAAAUCAUUUGCCCUUGAGAAGGAGAGGUUAGAACUGGCCUACAGGAAGCAGGUGGAAGAGCUUGCCCGGGAAGUGGAGGCACUGCGGGCUCUUUGGAAAGGUGGGCCGCCGGUGGCAAGGAGCGAACAGGACAGCGCACGCCAUCCCUGCUGUGUAGAUGGCACGCAGAGCCCAGCCUCAGCCCCUGCCCUGGUGGCCAGUGGGCCCUCAGAGAGCCUUGGCCUCAGAGAGAACUGUUGGGGUUUGCUCAACACUGAGGAGGGGGCUUCUGUUCCCCCAGAGAGGUGGUCACAUGUGCAGCCACAGAGGGUGGACAGAGGGGCUGUCCCAGGGGAACCAGUGCCUUCUGCCAGGGGUUCAGCAGACCUGAGCCAGCCUGAAGCCCAGGAGGGAGAUGCCUGGCCAGCUCAGCCCCAGAGGUGGGGGCCACAGCUAAGCCCAGCCUCUUUGGGGAGAGGGCAGGCCGAGAGGCCACAGGCUGUUCUAGAGGAACGAACUGGGAGCUGGAGUAGGGUGCCGGCCUCUGGCUCCCCACAGAGACAGGCCUCAGAGGAGCAGGCUGGGGACAAGGGUACCAGGAGAGGGUCCUCACCAUCCCACCCCCAGCUUGCUGACCCGGGGGAGAUGGAGGUUGAUGCAGCACCGGAGAAAGAAAAGAAUGACGUGAAAACCAAACUUCUGCAGCUGGAAGACGUUGUGCGGGCUCUCGAGAAAGAAGCAGAUUCAAGAGAGAAAGACAGAAUCGAAUUUCAUAGGCUUUCUGAAGAAAACACUUUGUUGAAAAAUGAUCUGGGAAGGAUUCAGCAAGAGCUUGAAGCUGCAGAAAGCACAAAUGAUGCACAGAGGCGGGAAAUUGAAGUUUUAAAGAGAGACAAGGAAAAGGCCUGCUUUGACGUGGAAGAGCUCAGCAAACAGAGUCAGAAAUACAAGCAUCAGUUGUCCCAGCUCAACCACAGUGUCCUUCAGCUGGGAGAGGAGGCUUCUACCCACCAGGCCCAAAAUGAGGAGAAUCGCAUCACCAUCCAGCUGUUAACACAGAGCCUGGAGGAGGCAGGGCGCCGGGGAGAGCAGCAGAGUGACAAAAUCCAAAAACUUGAAGUUGAACUUGACCGCGUAAAUCAAGAAUGUCAGAGCCUGAGACUGUCCCAAUCAGAGCUGACAAAGACCCUUGAAGAAAGUCAAGACCAGUUGCAGGGAGCCCAGCAGAGGCUGAAACUGGCCCAGUCCCAGCACUUUCAGGAGGUCCAGCAGCUACAGGAGCAGAUGGGCCGGCUGGUGCCUCGAGACCAUGUGGCUAAGCUGCAGCACCUGCUCAGCCUCCAGCGAGCACAGCAGGAAGAACAUGAAAAACAGCUGAAAGCCACAGAGGAGCGGGUGGGCGAGGCGGAGAUGAUGCUGAAGCACAUGGAGAUGCUGCUCCAAGAGAAAGGGGAGGAGCUGAGAGGACAGUUUGAAAAGAACACGAAGUCCAACCUGUUGCUCAAGGAGCUCUACGUGGAAAAUGCUCACCUGGUGAAGGCGCUUCAGGUCACCGAAGAGAAGCAACGAGGUGCUGAGAAAAAAAGCCGCAUCUUGGAAGAAAAAGUCCAAGCUCUCAACAGACUCAUCAGUCAGAUUGCUCCUGCAGCCCUGUCUGUGUAGAGACGGCUUGCUUUCCUCGGAGCACCCUUGCCCACAUGGGGAUUGUGAGUCUUUGUUCACUCCACACACAUUUAAUGAAUAUCUACUACGUGCCAGAUGCUGGGGAAAUAUACAUGUUGCAAAAGACUACAUUUUUAUUAGCAGUUCUGAGUAAUUUCCCUUUGUAAGAUUCUCAAUUUUUCUACUCACUGCUGAGACAGAUUAUGGGGGCUCUCAGCAAAGAAUAGCUGUAACAGAGUGGUUAAUAAAAAAAACACUGUGUUACAUUUCUGACUUUGGCCGUACAGAUUAAAAUGUAAAAUCGGGCUCUGUACAGUUUUGCCAUUUCUCUAUUCUGGGCUUAGAUCAUUAGAAGUCUCAAUGGUGGGUCUUUGCACAUGUCCUUCUGGAAGGGCCUCGCUCGGUGUGAACUGUGAAACCAGAGGUAAAGGAGGGGAAGCCCCUUGUUCAGGGACUGCUCCCCUACAGGGGGAUGUCUGGACAGGGCUUAUCUUCUGUGGACUCAGGGAUGAUGGUGUUUAUUGCGAAUGCAAUCUUUUUUUCAUUGAAAUAUCAUCACACUGGAAAUUGUACUAUAUGUAAAAAAAAAAAAGUAUAGUUUUAUAUCUGAAAUAUACAUAAAUUAUGGCCAUUUGGUUUAUCAGAAUAUACUACUGUAAUAUGAAAAGAGUCACUGUAUUUGCAAUAAAUUUUUUCUACUAAAAUUGA